AUGUCGUUCAACUUCAAGUCCGUCUUCCUCCUCGCUCUCGCCGCCAAUGCAUACGCCUUGCCAAUCUCUACGGCCGGUGACACUGCCCUUGAAACCCGCAGCCUCGAAGCCAGGACCCAGUAUAAGGACGUUGAUUGCAAUGGCAAGGUCUUCAAAGCAGAUAUUCUAAGAUCCUCCAUCUCCAAGGCGAGAGAGGUCCAGGGACUUAAAGAUCAGAAGAAGCCGGGAUAUAGUUAUCCCAAGCCAUACGGAAAUGACGACGGGAACAUGUUCCCUGGAGCUAGUGGCCUAUAUGAAUACCCCCUGAACAGCCCAGUCUACUCUGGAAAGGGUAUACCCGGCUCGUAUCGCGUUAUCAUGACCUCAAACUAUGGCUAUAAGGGCGCCCUUCUUCACAAGGGUGGUAAUACCUUCCAAAAAUGCAUUAAUGUCGAGGACAAGAAGAAGCAGGAAGAGGAAGACGCGAGAAAGAAGAAAGAAGAGAGUGACAAACAGUCAAAGGAGGCAAAGGAGGCAAAUGAGAGGAAGAAGCAUGGAAAGGGUGGCAAGCAAUAG